GCAGACUGCUUCUACAACGUUUGUGAAAAACUGUGCAAUAAGUCCAUCCAUGACAUUUCCUUGCUACUAAAUAUUCCACGGUCAACUGUUAGUGGUAUUAUAACAAAGUGGAAGAAACUGGGAAUAACAUCAACUUAGCCAUGAAGUGGUAGGCCACGUAAAAUGACAGAACAGGGUCAGUGCAAGCUGGAGCGGACAGUGUGCAGAAGUCGCUAACGAUCUGCAGAGUCAAUAGCUAAAGACCUUCAAACUUCAUGUGACCUUCAGAUUAUCAUAACAACAGUGCGUAGAGAGCUUCAU